AUGGAACGAGCAGAGCCAUCUAAACCUCCCCGCUCAAGUAGGCCGCGCCUUCAGUCCGUCGUCGUUCGCCGCACGCACACGCACACCAACCGCCCAGGACACGCAACCGUGUGCAACAACCGCACAGCACACGCAACCGCGCCGCACACAAACCGCAUCAUGCCCGCGCGCCGAGCUCUGCGCUUGUUGCGACCGCUGUUCACACAAUCCCGCCAAUGCCACUCCUGCCAGCCGCCCGGCGGCGCGCCGCCGUGCCCGCCGUGCGAGUCGGCGCCGCCGCCGCCGUGCCGCGCGCCCGCCGUCUCCGCUAUUCCCGGUCGGCGCGUCGUCUGCUGCCCGCCGCCGCAGGGCAAACGCCCGCCGUGCCCGGGAAAGGAGCCCAAUUGCCCGCUCACUUGUGAACAUCAAUUGCCGCAGGAGCCUCCAAGAAAGUCAGCUCCUAGAAAGCUAUGCGGCGCGGAACGCGACGUGGUGGCAGAGCGCAUCCGCUGCUACGAGGAACACCAUCGGCGCGUAUACGAGAACGCCGUAAAGGAGCGCAUGGCGCGCCCAAGGACGCCGCCGCCGCCACCGUUAAAAUGCCCGCAACCACCGGAGAAACCCCUCGAACUUGCCACCGACGGGCGAAUGUAUGCUGUCGCGUCAGACGGGCCUGUACCGCGAUGUUCUCCAACUCCAGUCAAAUCUUCUCCUAACUGUCCAACCCCCCGUCCACCGCAUCCUCCUCCACAACCUGUAACUUUAGAGCCUCUAGGCGAUUGUCGACCAAAAGAACGCAAUGUCAUCGACCCCUGCGCGCACGCACCACGCACGAUUCUCUCCAUUGAUCGAGGCGAUCCCAAAACUCAACCUUCCAUCGCUCGAAGCGAUCCGAAACCCCAACCCGAACAGCGCUGUAGUCAAGCCAAAUCGACAGAUCCUAAACCAUGCCAUGAGAAUCCUAAGAAUCAAACUGAAAGUAGCUACAAAGGUAUCACGUCGCGCAUUAUGGAUACUAUAAGAAGUAGCAGAGCGAGCCCAAGUAAGCCGAAGCCAGAAUGGUGCAACAAACCACCGGCGUUAGCGGCAGCACCAAAGCGGUGCCGUCAGCCUACACUCACUGAGCGAAUGCGCCGCGGUUCGCCUUCGCGUAAUAAACGGCAACUGCAUACUUCAGUCACAAAUUUAGCGGAUAAAGAGGCUCCUAAAGCAUCAGGACGUGAAGCAGCGUUAGCCGCUUCCAAGAAACUUGCAGCGGCGUUAAGCGAGCGCGAUUCACUGAAGGAGGCCGGUCGCGGUCGCGCCGUAAGGGCUCCGUCAUGCGCGCCGCCGGCGCCGCCGCCGCCGCCGCGCCCGUCCGGCGGCGCUAUGGAGUUCAGCGUCCCCACCGACGCCGACACCGUCUGCGUACGUGUAUCUAUGGGCAAACGUCCUAUGCCACAAUGUCAACCGGGUACACCAACAUCAAGACCUCAACCGGGAACACCCAAACCUUUCCCGCCUCCUUGUUCCGGCAUCCCCUGUCCCCCGCAAUCUGCAAGCGAUUCCUGGCUUUCCAUCAAAAAGCUUCAGCAGAAGAUCUCGAGCUGCGGCCGCGAUACUACUCCCCCUAAGCCAUCCGCCCCGGCGCGUCCACCGCACCCGUGUUCCCCUCAAGGCCGCGCUAAGAUGAUAGACGUUUUGCCUCAUACAAUUUUCAUGAAAUAAAUAGGUGUAUCAUCGUGUGCGUGUUGUAAUAAAUUCUUGUGUCUAUAUAACGUUA